CCCCCUUUUGGGGGGUACAAGUAACUUGGCUCUGUUUUAGAUGCUGGGGGCGGUGCAUAGCCCAUUCCUCAGACUCCCGCCCAGUUUCCGAGACCUCCACCACAGCCUCUGAGGCCACCCACAGAGCCCGUCAGGAUGGCCGAGGAAAAGAGUGAAAAACUAGUGCUGGAGGAAACCGCGUAUGAAGAAAUCGAAAGAGAUUUUCAGGAGGUUCUCAAUGAACUUUCAGGAGACAAAAGUUUGGAGAGAUUUAGGAUUGAAUAUGAGAAGCUUCACGCGGUCAUGAAAAAGUCUUAUGACAAUGAAAAGCGUCUGAUGGCCAAGUGCAGAGAGCUGAAUGCAGAGAUUGUGGUUAAUUCGGCGAAGGUCGCCACCGCCCUGAAGCUCUCUCAGGAUGACCAGACCACCAUCGCAUCCCUGAAGAAGGAAAUUGAAAAAGCCUGGAAGAUGGUGGAUUCAGCCUAUGACAAAGAGCAGAAGGCGAAGGAGACAAUUCUUGCCCUGAAAGAGGAAAUAGUGAACCUAACCAAACUGGUUGAGCAAGGGUCUGGACUGUCCAUGGACCAGGAUAGCAAUAUCCGAGAUUUGCUGAAGUUCAAGGAAGAAGUGACCAAGGAGCGAGACCAGCUCUUGUCAGAAGUGGUGAAAUUACGAGAGUCCUUAGCUCAGAUCACUGAACAGCAGCAAGAUACAGAGCGGUCCAGGGAAGAGGCAGAACAGGCCAUCAGCCAGUUCCAGCAAGAAAUCCAGCAACGUCAGAACGAAGCUUCGAGGGAGACUCGGAAGAAGGAAAAACUAGAGAAAGAGCUCAAGCAGAUUCAGACAGACAUGGACACCAGGCAGACAGAAAUCAAGGCGUUGCAGCAGUACAUGCAAAAGAGCAAGGAAGAGCUUCAGAAGCUGGAGCAGCAGCUAAAGGAACAGAAGAUCCUGAAUGAGAGAGCUGCAAAGGAGCUGGAGCAGUUUCAGAUGAGAAAUGCUAAACUUCAGCAAGAGAAUGAACAGCACAGUUUGGUUUGUGAGCAGCUCUCCCAGGAAAAUCAGCAGAAGGCGUUGGAGCUCAAAGCCAAAGAGGAAGAAGUCCAUCAGAUGCGCCUUGACAUUGGGAAGCUCAACAAAAUCCGAGAACAAAUCCAUAAGAAAUUGCAUCAGAUUGAAGAUCAAAAGGGAGAAGUGGAACAGCACAAGGAAACUCUAAAAAAUCAGAUCUUGGGAUUAGAGAGAGAGGUGGAGGCUUCAAAGAAACAAGCAGAACUUGAUAAGAAAGCAAUGGAUGAGCUUCUGAGAGAAAGGGACGUAUUGAAUAAGAACAUGCUUAAGGCGGUCAACGCGACCCAGAAACAGAUAGACCUGGUAAAACUCCAUGAACAAGCCAAGAGGAACUUGGAAGAAGAAAUCCAGAACUAUAGAGAGGAGGCUCAGAAGCAAAGAAAGAUCAUCUUUCAACUGGAAAAGGAGCGAGAUCGGUACAUCAAUGAAGCCAGUGACCUUACUCAAAAGGUCCUCAUGAACAUGGAAGACAUAAAAGUCCGUGAAAUGCAGAUUUUUGACUACAGGAAAAAAAUUGCUGAAUCAGAGACUAAAUUAAAACAGCAACAGAACCUGUAUGAAGCUGUGAGGUCCGACAGGAAUCUUUACAGCAAAAAUCUGGUUGAGGCUCAGGAUGAAAUAACGGAAAUGAAGAGAAAAUUGAAGAUUAUGACCCAUCAGGUAGAUCAGCUGAAAGAAGAAAUCUCAGCCAAGGAGUCAGCACUUGUGAAGCUGCAUCUGGAACAGCAGCGAAUAGAAAAGGAGAAGGAAACGCUGAAGGCCGAGCUGCAGAAGCUGAGACAACAAGCCCUGGAGACCAAACAUUUCAUUGAAAAGCAGGAAGCAGAAGAGAGAAAACUCCUGCGAAUCAUUGCCGAGGCUGAUGGGGAGAGGCUGAGGCAGAAGAAGGAGUUAGACCAGGUCAUCAGUGAGAGAGAUAUCCUCGGAUCCCAGCUAGUUCGGCGCAAUGAUGAGUUGGCUUUGCUCUACGAGAAGAUCAAGAUCCAACAGUCUGUGCUCAAUAAAGGCGAGAGCCAGUACAACCAGAGGCUGGAGGACAUGAGAAUCCUCAAGCUUGAGAUCAAGAAGCUUCGCAGGGAAAAGGGGAUUCUUGCCAGGAGUGUGGCUAAUGUCGAUGAACUCAGGCAGGAGCUUUUUCACACACAAAGAGAAUUCCUGAAGGAGAGGACAAGAUGCCGAGCGCUGGAGGAGGAGCUGGAGAACCCCAUGAACAUACACAGAUGGAGGAAGCUUGAGGCCAGUGACCCCAGUACCUUUGAGCUGAUCCAGAAAAUUCAUACCCUGCAGAAGCGUCUCAUCAGCAAGACAGAAGAGGUGGUUGAAAAAGAGCUGCUUCUCCAGGAAAAGGAGAAACUGUAUGUGGAACUAAAGCACAUCCUGGCACGUCAGCCUGGGCCCGAGGCUGCAGAGCAGCUGCAGAUCUACCGCCACACACUGCGGGAGAAGACCAAGCAGCUAAAAGUUUUGUCCUCAGAAUUGAAUAUGUAUGAAUCACAGAGCCAAGAAUAUAAGUACGAGAUUGAGAAACUUACCAAUGAACUGCUGAAUUUAAAGAAGAAAUACCUUGCUCAGAAACGUAAAGAAUACAUUCAGAAGAACAAGGACAGAAUAGGCAUGGAUGAUGCCUUCUCCAUGGCCAAACCCACUGGCCCUCGUUUCACUGGGGGCGGAUUUCCCCUCAGCAAAUCAUCCAAGAUGAAGUCCUAACUGGAGGCUGCUAUCUGGGUCCAGCCGAAGAGCUCACGUAAUUCACUCUGGAACAUUUUGGAGGAAUCACUUUGAAAUCCCUUGGAUCUGACACUUAGGGAAAUCAGUGCUCAGAUGCCAGGAUGGAAAGAAAUGCAGAACUACCGUAGCCACGUACGUAAAAGAGUGAUGAUCUUCUCUUAGUCCACGUGGAUAAUAACAGAAUGUAAUUAUAUCCAUUCAAUGAAGCUGACCCAUUGCACGAAGCAGAUAUUUCAUCAGUACCACGCUGACUGAUUUGAAAUGCACUUAGACAGUCUGUAUGAAUGACACUUUGGAUCCUCAUUUCUCCAUUAUUGACAUUGGUGCAUAGAUUUUUAUAUUUUUUUAAAAGAAAUUUUUGAAAUGCAGUGCAUUCUUAUUAAGAAGAAUCUAAUUACUCCUCAUUAACAAGCCAUUGAUGCGAUGGAAAAAAAGGACAAACGCUCAAGUAUUUAAAAAGUGUUUUGAGGGAGUGAUUUCUACAUGGAAUUUCUUUUCAGGCCUGGGGUAUGAAAAUCUAUUCCAAAGAGACACACUAAUAAAUACUUGAUCAUAAAAAAUAAAAA